GUGGAUAUCACGUGACAGUUUCGCCCCCGCUGAAAAAAGAAAGAAAAGGCCUCUGCACAAGACGCCACAGAUCUCUGGGAUGAUAAGCCCGUGCUUGGUGAUAUUUACAGCGUUGAGAUCUUUCCAGAUCACUCUCCCGUUAUACACACACCAUCAGAGUGAAGGACUAGCCCUAACACAGAAGUAAGAGCCGAAGAUGAUCGUGUCAAGCGUGUGGACGCUGAUGGCGCUGUUCACAGUGCUGGCUGUCCUGUGGCGUAGCCCCUACUACGAACAGUCUUACGAGCUCACGCAGAUGACAAAUUACGCUGUGAUAUCACAGGACCGAGGCAUAGAUCUCAGCAAGCUGGUGCGCCAGCCGUCGCUGACGCCCGACGGAAGACAUGUGCACACGACGAUGAAGGGCUCUGUAGCGUGCGAUGUGCCGGUAUGCUCGCAGCUUGGUGUUGAUAUUCUUGAGAAGGGAGGGAACAGUGCGGAUGCCGCAGUGACAGUGGCGCUGUGCGUAGGAGGCAUCAACAUGUUCAACUCUGGUAUCGGUGGCGGUGGCUACUUCGUUGCGAAGAAGUACGACGAGGAGGAGGCCAUCGCUAUCGACGCCAGGGAGGCAGCUCCGCUGGCCAGCGACAAGUACAUGUUCAAAGGCCGUGAGCAUUUGUCCAAGGUUGGAGGGCUGGCUGCUGGAAUACCUGGGGAGAUCAAGGGGCUCUACACGUUGUUCGAGCUCCAGGGCUCUGGGAACUUGAGCUGGGGCGAUGUGGUGAUGCCGGUGGUUGAACUGUUGAGAGGUGGCUGGAACGCGUCGGUUGUAUUGGCUGCCGUUGUGGAAGCUGAUAAGAAAGUGUUGCUCGCUAACCGUGAAGAUUACUACUUCCUCUUCAAGGGAAACACAACAGACCAAGUUAUUGAAUUGAACGACCUGGUGAGACAUGUGGAACUUGCAAACACCUUAGAACUCAUUGCUAAUAAUGGAAGCGAUGCGAUAUUCUACGAUCCACAGGGACCUAUCGCUUCAAACUUGAUCAAGACUGCAAACGAACACGGUGGAAUCUUCUCCGAUGAUGACUUCUCAGGGUACUCAGUUGAUGUUCGUCCUGCUAUAAAGACCAGGUUCUUGAACAAUGACGUUUUCACUGCGGGAGGAUCAAGUUCUGGACCAGCUCUAGUCCAUGCUUUGAACAUUAUGGAUCGUUUUGGCGAGCAUGUCGGUGGUGAUAUGGAUCCCUUGGCUACCCAUCGGCUAGUGGAAGCGAUGAAAUGGGCAGCAAGCUCCAGAAGUAGGUUGGGAGACCCAGACACCAACUUAACAGAUUUUGUCAUUGGCAAGGAGUGGACUCAGUACGCCAUAGACCACUGGAAUGACUCCCAUACACUUGCUCAUUGGAUGGAUUACAAGCCGGAGUAUGAAUUAAAUCAGCCACAUGGAACAACAUCUUUUGCCAUUGUCGAUAAAGACCAUAACAGUGUUGCUGUCACUUCGACAAUCAACCUUCUUUUUGGAUCAUUGGUGCGUGACAAGGUCACGGGUGUCAUAUUGAACAAUGAAAUGGAUGACUUCUCAACACCGGGAGUUCCAAAUUCAUUUGGUGUGGAACCAUCCAUUCACAACUUCAUUAGACCUAAAAAGAGACCCCUUUCAUCGAGCGUACCUACAAUCAUCGUCAACGAAUUGGGGAAACCAGACCUUGUUAUUGCAUCUGCUGGAGGAUCCAGAAUAUUAACAGCUGUUUUGCAAGCCAUUGUACGUGUCUACAGUUAUCAUAUGCCACUGCUAGAGGCCAUAGCAUACCCUAGAAUACACCAUCAACUCAUGCCUGACCACAUCGAACAUGAGGACUUUAUUGGUAGUGAUAUUAUUGAGGCUUUGAAAGAAAAGGGCCAUUCAAUGGUGAGAUCGGAACCCAAGACUGCAAUGAAUGCCAUUAGAAGGUGGCAAGGAGACUACCUUGCGGUUUCAGACUUUUGGAGGAAACGAGCAGAAGCUGCUGCUCAGAAGAAUGACAGCUGAUCAACACAGCACAUAGAUGGAGAACUUGGAUAGUUCAGUUAGAAUGCAUGUAUACGAAAUAAGCACGACAAGGGUAUUCUUUCUAACUAAAUAUUGUUUAUUACAUUUGAUUAAGGAAUGGCUAUAUGCUCGACAAUUUGCAAACCGAAUCAUGGACCUUAGCAUUUGCAAGGAAUUUUGCUUUAAAUGAACGCCCCAAGAA